AUGCGCGGGGCCGUGCUGGGGCGUCUGGCAGCCGUGCUGCUGCUGCUGCUGCUGUCCGGGGGCGGCGGGGCGGCGAGCCAGUCGCUGGCGGGGGCGGCGGCGCGGCUGCUGCGCGAGGCGCGCGAGUUCGCGGAGGCGCAGCCGGCGGACGCGGAGCCGCGCGCCGAGUACGACUUCGUGGUGGUGGGGGCGGGCUCCGCGGGGGCGGCGCUGGCGGCGCGGCUGUCGGAGCGGCCGGGCAGCAGCGUGCUGCUGCUGGAGGCGGGCGGCGACGAGGCGCUGGUGCCGGGCGGCGUCCCGCUGCUGGCGCCGCUGCUGCAGCUCGGCCCGCAGGUGUGGCGACAACGCAGCCGCCCCGACGCCGCCGCCUGCCUCGGCUACGUGGGCCAGCAGUGCAACCUGCCCAGGGGCAAGGUGCUGGGCGGCUCCAGCAGCGUCAACUACAUGAUCCACACGCGCGGCAACCGGCGCGACUACGACGGCUGGGCCGCGCUGGGCAACCCCGGCUGGAGCUACGACGACCUCCUCCCCUACUUCCGCAAGCUGGAGAACGUCUCCGGAGUUCCAGACCUGGCUGCGGACGCUGAGUUCAGAGGCACGUCGGGCCCUGUCUCGGUGGAGCGGCCGUCCUUCCGCACGCCGCUGGCCACGGCGUGGGUGUCGGCCGCUCAGGAGCAGCUGCGGCUGCCGCUGGCCGACUACAACGCCGAGGACCAGGCCGCCGUCAGCUUCCUGCAGGGCACAACCCGCGACGGCACGAGGUGCAGCACGUCCAGAGCCUACCUGCUGCCGGCCAGGCACCGCCCUAACCUGCACGUCAGCAAGCGCUCCCUCGUCACCAAGGUCGUCAUCGACGCGACGACCCUGAGAGCAACCGGGGUGGAGUUCGAGCGCCACGGCCGGCGGCGCAGUGUGCGCGCCCGCCGCGAGGUGGUGCUGUCUGCGGGCGCCGUCAACACGCCGCAGCUGCUGAUGGUGAGCGGCGUGGGGCCGCGGGGGCACCUCGAGGCGCACGGGGUGCCCGUGCUGCGCGACCUGCCCGUCGGCCUCAACCUGCAGGACCACGUGACGCUGGGCGGGCUGACGUUCCUGGUGAACGCGACGGGCGACCUGCAGGACCGGCAGCUGCUAGCCAACGCCUCGGCCUACCUGUCCUUCCUGCGCCGCCGCGGCGGGCCCUUCUCCACGCUGGGCGGCACCGAGGCGGCCGCCUUCUACGACGCCGACGGCGACGGCUACCCGGACGUCGAGCUGCUGUUCGCCUCCGUCACCGAAAUGAACGCGGCGCUCAUCAGGAUCGCCUCGGGGCUGAGGGACGACGUGUACGACGCGGUGUUCCGGCCGUUCGAGGGCCAGCACGGCUUCACCGUCGUGCCGUUCCCCCUGCGGCCUCGCAGCCGCGGCAGGGUGCGCCUCGCCUCGUCCGACCCACACCACCAGCUGUAUAGAUCUAGACGAAUAACGCAGCAGUGGCAAUUUCUCCCCGUAGUGGGAGCCAGAUGUGGGCCAGAGUGUAUUCAGGCGCGGCGCGCCCGCAGGCCGGUGCUGGAGAUGGGCUACUUCAGCGACCCGCGCGACCUGCAGCUGGUGGUGGCGGGCAUCCGGGCGGCGGAGCGCGUGGCCGGGGGCGGCGCGCUGCGGCGGCUGGGGGCGCGCGCCCUGCCGCUGGCGGUGCCCGCGUGCGCGCGCCUGCCCGCCGGCUCGGACGCGCACUGGCGCUGCGCCGCGCGCCACCUCUCCUUCACCAUCUACCACCAGUGCUGCACGGCGGCCAUGGGGCCGCGAGGCGUCCUGGACGAGCGCCUGCGCGUGCGCGGCGUCGCGGCGCUGCGCGUCGUCGACGCCUCCGCCAUGCCGCUGCUCCCCUCCGGCCACACCAACGUGCCGGUCAUCGCCCUGGCCGAGCGCGCCGCCGACCUCAUCGCGGAGGACCACCAGGGGGCCUAG